AUGUCUGCGCAAAAUCCAGCCGGCGAAAAUGGCGGAGGCGAGAAUGAGCAUGAUUUCUCUCAUCAUGUGGCCAUCGAGCUGUCGAGGAUGAUGAAUGCUGUCAAUCCUAAUGAUACGCUUGCCCGCCGUGUCAUCGAUAUUGCCAAGCACAACCGCACCGGAGACGCAUUCAUCAAAGCCGUAUCAACCUUCUACAAAUUCCCGGAGGAUGGGAUCCUCUCCCUGCACACUCGGAUCCUGGUGCACCAGUCCCAGGUCGCCAAGAAUGGGAACCGGAGAGGAUCGGAUGGUUCUCCGCCCCGGAUGCUCGCGCCCCGCGCCGGGAGUAGCAAGGUGAACGAGAAUGUGGACGGGAUGGACCAUGACAAGUCGGACAGGAUCGAGUCUGAGCCGUCAAGGAAGGGAGGUCUGACUCGCGCUGGCAAAGAUUCUAUUGCGUUCAAGCAGCCAACAGCGGCUCGUCCUUCCCUACUCGGUCUGGACAGACUAGCGGCAGAGAAGCAUGCUCAGGCUGCCGCGGGAUCGAUGGGUCCUCCUAGUAAGCGUGCGAGAUUGACAGCCGAGGAGGAUGAGAAUGGGGCAUCUUCGUCUGGUGGUGUAUUCAAAGUACCGACUCUACCUGUUCGCCGAGAUAACGCUCGAGUCAAGCCGGACGAAACACCAAGUCACGGUCCCGGUCUCUCUGACACCGCUCGCCAGCGCCUCGAAGCGCGUCGAAAAGAGCGAAACAUGCCCUCGUCAUCCGCCAUUACCGCUAUCCAGCCAGAAAGAGCCGACCGACAACAAGGACUGGGCGACUUCCAGUCCCGCUUGAACCGGGGCUCUGCGGCUGAGCAGCAACGGGGCGAUCGACCCAGAGAUAACGGCUGGAACAGGAAUGGGUCUGGCGGCGGGCAGGGGAAUGGGCGGGACGAGCGGGAUCGAGGUGGAAAGUCUUGGGAGAAUCCGACACCCCGAACAGCCAGAUCGGAUAGGGAUAUGGAUGGCGGAUCGAUGCGGGUGCCAAGUAAAGGCUGGGACGAGACGCCGAGGGCGGGCGGGCCGGGAGGAUGGGGCAAGACGGCAGAUCCGAGGCGCAGGGGAUGGGACCAGACGCCUUCGUCGAGAAGCGUCAGGGGCGGUGGGGAUGAGGAUGAUCUUUUGGUGAACGGGAAAGAGUGGGAAGAGGAGCAGGUCAGGCUCGAUCGGGAUUGGUAUAUCCAGGAUGACGAGGGUGCUGUAGCCGGUGAUGAAGAGCAUAAUCCUUUCUCCCAGUGGGAAGGUCUGGAACGACAGAAGGAGCAGGAGAUGCAGCAAAAGGCGGCAAAGCGGCAGACAGCCAGACAAGCGCAAUAUAACGCAGACAACGAUCUCUGGGAGAACAAUCGACUCACCACAUCCGGUGUCCAGCGGAAAGACGGUGUCGACCUAGACUUUGAGGAUGACCAAGACUCCAAAGUCCACGUCUUGGUCCACGACCUCAAACCCCCAUUCCUCGACGGAACAGUCGCCUAUACUCGGCAACUCGAGCCUAUCAAUCCGGUUCGAGAUCCCACUAGUGAUCUCGCGGUAUUCAGUAAGAAGGGAUCUGCGCUGGUCAGGGAGAGGAGGGAGAGGCAGGAGCGAGAAAAGGCCGCGGCGAAGGCGGCGAGUAUUGCGGGGACGACGUUGGGGAAUUUGAUGGGUGUCAAGGAUGAGCCGGAGCUCGGUGAAGAGGGCAAGGACGACGGUAGCAACUACAAGGCAGACUCGCAGUUCUCGUCUCAUAUGAAGAUGAACGAGGCGCAGUCCAACUUUGCCCGAACGCGGACUCUCAAGCAGCAACGAGAGUAUUUGCCCGCUUUUGCGGUUCGGGAGCAGCUCAUGGCCCAGAUCAGGGAUCAUCAGGUCUUGAUUGUCAUUGGGGAAACCGGAUCGGGCAAAACCACCCAACUCGGCCAGUUCCUGUACGAAGAGGGAUACUGCAAUAACGGAAUCAUCGGAUGUACUCAGCCUCGUCGUGUAGCGGCCAUGUCGGUCGCCAAGCGAGUCAGCGAGGAGAUGGACUGCGAGCUGGGGAGUACGGUCGGGUACGCUAUCCGGUUCGAGGACUGCACGUCCAAGGACACCAAAAUCAAGUUCAUGACUGAUGGUGUUCUUCUUCGGGAGUCGUUGAAUGAGGGCGAUCUUGAUCGGUAUAGCUGCUUGAUUCUGGAUGAGGCGCACGAGCGGUCAUUGAGUACCGAUAUCCUGAUGGGUCUAUUACGGAAGAUCCUCACCCGCCGUCGCGACCUCAAACUCAUCGUCACCUCCGCCACUAUGAACUCUGAAAAGUUUUCCAAGUUCUUUGGAAACGCCGCAACAUUCACCAUUCCCGGUCGUACCUUCCCUGUCGAGAUCUUCCACUCCAAAUCGCCCUGCGAGGACUAUGUCGAUUCGGCCAUCAAGCAGGUUCUGUCGAUCCAUCUGUCUAGUCCGCCGGGGGAUGUCCUGGUGUUUAUGACGGGCCAGGAGGAUAUUGAGGCUACCUGUAAUGUCAUCGAAGAACGCCUGGCACUUCUCGAUGAUCCAGAACCACUCUCGGUCCUACCUAUCUACUCGCAGAUGCCUGCGGAUCUGCAGGCGAAGAUCUUCUUGCCUACCGCGGAUGGAAGGAGGAAGGUUGUGGUGGCUACCAACAUCGCCGAGACCUCUUUGACCCUCGACGGUAUCCUCUACGUCGUGGAUUGCGGCUACUCGAAGCUGAAGGUGUACAAUCCGAAAGUCGGUAUGGACGCUUUGCAGAUCACGCCCAUCAGUCAAGCCAAUUGUGGGCAGCGGGCGGGUCGAGCGGGACGUACAGGGCCAGGCUUCUGCUAUCGGCUCUUCACCGAGACUGCAUACCUCAACGAGCUGUUUUCCAACAACAUACCCGAAAUCCAACGGACGAAUCUGGCAAAUACCGUCCUGCUGUUGAAAUCGCUCGGCGUUAAGAACCUGCUCGAGUUUGACUUUAUGGAUCCUCCUCCUCAGGAAAACAUUCUCAACUCUAUGUAUCAACUCUGGGUUCUCGGCGCGCUCGACAAUAUCGGCGACCUCACACCGCCCGGCAAGAAAAUGUCCGACUUUCCCAUGGAGCCGUCACUUGCGAAGAUGCUCAUCGUCGCUACCGAGUGCAAGUGCUCUUCCGAGAUGCUUACAAUCGUCUCGAUGCUGUCCGUCCCUUCGGUCUUUUAUCGGCCGAUGCAGCGCGCGGACGAGAGUGACGCGGCGAGAGAGAAGUUCUUCGUUCCUGAGAGUGAUCACUUGACGCUUUUGCAUGUCUAUACCCAGUGGAAGUCGAAUGGGUUCAGCGAUCAUUGGUGUAUGAAGCACUUCCUCCAUCCGAAGAUUAUGCGCAAGGCGCGCGAGGUCCGAGGUCAGCUCGAAGAUAUUAUGAAGCAGCAGAAGAUGGAGGUGCUUUCGGUAGGGACGGACUGGGAUAUUGUGAGAAAGUGUAUCACGGCGGGAUACUUCCACCAGGCGGCGAGAGUGAAGGGGAUUGGAGAGUACAUGAACGUCCGGACUGGGCUGCCUUGUGUUCUGCACCCGACUAGCGCGUUGUAUGGUCUAGGCUACAUGCCCGACUAUGUUGUGUACCACGAACUCGUCUUGACCUCCAAGCAGUACAUGAUGUGUGUAACCUCCGUCGACCCAUACUGGCUCGCCGAACUCGGAGGCGUCUUCUUCUCCAUCAGAGAAAAGAACUUUGAUGCCCUCGCGCGCGCAAAGGCGAAUCGGGACUUUAGUAAGCGGACAGAGCUGGAAGCGGAGAUGGCUCGACAGCGAGAAGAUAUUGAACGAGCCAAGACAAAGGCGUUACAGGCGGAGACGGUAAGCCGGACGCCGAGGAUUGGGGGUGUGGCGGCUCCGCAGACGCCUAGGUCGGCGGGGAUAGGGGCGGGCGUGAGGUCUUCGGCGACGCCUAGACGGAGGGGAGGAGGGAUCUAA